AUGAAGAUGAAGGAGCUGCUCCUCUUCCUCUCCUGUGUCCUCUGUGUCUCUGCCGAUGGCCUGCACGGAGACGUUCAUAUAAACGGGUGUUCAGACUUCGAUGCAGAGGACAUGUAUGGACUGGAUGGGGAGGAGGUUGCCUACGCAGACUUUAACAACCACACGGAAGUCUACAUGCUGCCUCCUUUUGCCGAUCCUAUGGCUUACCCCGGAGCGUAUAAACAAGCUGUGACUGAGCUGAAGGUCUGCAGACACAACCUGAAGGCUCUUGGCGCGGUGAUGAAGGACUACCCUUCCAAUAACCAUGCUCCUUCAGCUGUGAUGAUCUACACCAGAGAUGAGGUGGAGUUAGGAGAGGAGAACACUCUGAUCUGUCAUGUGACUGGUUUCUAUCCUGCUCCUGUCAACGUCUCCUGGACCAAGAACGGACAGAAGGUCACAGAAGGAUCCAGCACCAACGUUCCCUAUCCCAACAAAGAUGGACCCUUCACCCAGAUCUCCAGACUGCAGUUCACCGCACAGCUGGGAGACAUCUACAGCUGCACAGUGCAACAUCUGGCCCUGACUGAACCACUGACCAAGAUCUAUAAGGUGGAGGCGUCUGCUCGCUCUGAUCCAGGUGUUGGACCCUCUGUGUUCUGUGGAGUGGGUCUGACUCUCGGUCUGGUCGGUGUGGCUGUUGGAACCUUCCUCCUCAUCAAAGGAAACGAGUGCAGCUGAUUGGCUCACGGUGACGAUGUCAUUCUAUGACGAGCUCCUAAUCAGUGUGAGUGUGCUGUAGGCGAGUGUGCAGAGUUCGCCUGUAAUGAGCAUCAGAUCCUUUGUUCUGGUUUACCUGCCUCAGCUGACGUGCUUAAUAAUGGAACAUCUGUAUGAGCUGUGCCGUCAGCCGCUGGUGUCAAUAAAGUUUAACUCUGGAAUUCAAAGCAAAGCUAUUUUCAGCUGCUCUCGCACCACCAGCAGAUUUUACCUGGACUCUGUUCCUGCCACAAAAGUGAUGAGACUGAGAUCAGUUUGAUGUGACCUCAGUGUUCAUAAACUGCUAUAAUGUGUCUUUGUUUACCAAACCGUGUUUCAGAUUUUCAUAUAUCAAUAAAGUUUAAUGACAGAUUC